CGCCCACCGCGCUGGGGCUGAUCGGCCGCCGAGCCAGGUGAGCGGCCGGGGCGUCGCUCGGAGACUGGGCCGCUAUGGGGACCCCCCGGCGCCGCUUCGAAGCCUUCCUGGCCCGGCCCGGCCCCCUGAACGACGCGCUGGGGGCGCUGGAAGCCAAGACGGGCGUCAAGAGGAUUUACCUGGCCACAGGUUUCCUGGGUUUCGUGGGAGUCUACCUGAUGUUUGGCUACGGGGCCUCCCUGCUCUGCAACCUCAUCGGAUUCCUCUACCCGGCUUACGUCUCCAUCCGUGCCAUCGAGAGCCCGGCCAAGGAUGACGAUACCACCUGGCUGACGUAUUGGGUGGUCUACGGCACCUUCAGCGUGGUGGAGUUCUUCUCCGAUACCUUCCUCUACUGGUUCCCCUUCUACUACGCCGGCAAGUGCCUCUUCCUGCUGUGGUGCAUGGCGCCCUUUUCGUGGAACGGCUCGCAGGUGCUCUACCGCAGCCUCAUCCGUCCCUGGUUUUUGAAGCACCACCAGACGGUGGAUAGCGUCCUCAGCGACCUCACCGGCCACGCUACCAGCAUCGCCUCCGCCGCCUCCCGGGAAGGAGUCCUACCACGAUCCCUGCAGGCAGAGGACUGAGUGGCGCCCUUUUGACGAUCAACAAUAAAAGAUCUCCGAAUUUGAGCUGGAAGCUCUGCAACAAUGGUGUCCUUUUCCUUCGUGUCCCUGAGAUGAUUUUGAUCUAAGUAAUAAACCCUUCAACUGCU